UUGUCCACGCCCCCCGCCGCCCCCUCACUUCCCCCCUGCUAAUCCAACAGCGGCCAGCGGCGCAGCGAAGUGAGGGACGACGGAGGCCAGCAAAUCAUUGUUUGGAAAUCAUUUGGGUAGCCUUUAAACCAGUCACCAGCUAUGGCAGCAAUUAGAAAAAAGCUGGUCAUAGUGGGAGAUGGAGCCUGUGGGAAGACCUGCCUACUCAUCGUGUUCAGUAAGGACCAGUUUCCAGAGGUCUAUGUACCCACAGUCUUUGAGAACUACGUGGCUGACAUCGAGGUUGAUAGCAAACAGGUUGAGCUGGCACUUUGGGAUACAGCAGGUCAAGAGGACUAUGACAGACUGCGCCCACUCUCUUAUCCAGAUACUGAUGUCAUUCUCAUGUGCUUCUCCAUUGACAGUCCUGACAGUCUUGAGAACAUCCCAGAGAAGUGGACUCCAGAGGUCAAACACUUCUGUCCAAAUGUUCCCAUUAUCCUGGUGGGAAAUAAAAAGGACCUGCGCAAUGACGAGCACACCCGCAGGGAGCUCGCCAAAAUGAAGCAGGAGCCUGUGAAACCAGAGGAGGGGCGUGACAUGGCAAACAGGAUCGGUGCCUUUGGAUACAUGGAGUGCUCUGCAAAAACAAAGGAUGGCGUGAGGGAAGUUUUUGAGAUGGCUACUAGGGCUGCGCUACAGGCCCGGAGGGGAAAGAAGAGCAGCAAAUGUCUCCUACUGUAAACGGAGGCAUGAGGACUGCUUCCUACAGGGGGGAGAGGAAGGAAUAUUAGGUCAAACCUGCCCCCCAGACACACCAACACAAAAGACUGUUCUCCCCAGUUUUUAUUAAAGGUGUAAUGCUUUUACUUUUCUGUCUUAAGCAAAAGUAGUCAGGUUUUGUCAGUAUUCAAUUUUGAGGUUAUGGAAUAUGCUUUUUUUUUGUACUUUAACAUGAGUAAAUCUGCCAUAAUAAAACCUUUAUCAACACAUACUAUGUAAUCAGAGGUCAGCCAGGGGACCUGUUGUGUCAUACCUGCCAACUACAGUUAAGUGCUUAAGCCCUGCCUGCUGAUCUGAGGAAUGUUUUCCACAGCCAACUAGGGUGAGGUACCUAUACACUGUGACCCGUAGUCCUUUAAUUAUUUCAAGGAACAGACGCUCACAUGAAGUCAAAUUGUUUGUGUGCUUCAUCUAGAAAUCCUCCUGUGCAUUAUGAUCACAUGCACAUUAUGAGAAGACUGGAAACUCAUUUUGUUAAAACACAAAUGAAAACUUAGUGUUUUUGUGUAAUAAAUUACUUUGUAAGAAUCUUGA